AUAACUACAAUGCUUCUCAAGAUGUGGAGCUCUCCUUGCAGAUCGGCGACACAGUUCACAUCCUGGAGAUGUAUGAGGGUUGGUACAGAGGAUAUACCCUCCAAAAUAAAUCUAAAAAGGGUAUUUUCCCUGAAACGUAUAUCCAUUUGAAGGAGGCAACUGUGGAAGACCUCGGGCAACACGAGACUGUGAUUCCCGGUGAGCUCCCCCUGGUGCAGGAGCUCACGUCAACACUGCGAGAAUGGGCCGUCAUCUGGCGGAAGCUCUAUGUGAACAACAAAGUGACCCUCUUCCGCCAGCUGCAGCAGAUGACAUACAGCCUGAUCGAGUGGCGGUCCCAGAUCCUGUCUGGGACGCUCCCCAAGGACGAACUGGCAGAGCUCAAGAAGAAGGUCACAGCCAAAAUUGAUCAUGGGAACAGGAUGCUUGGGUUAGAUCUGGUGGUGCGAGACGACAAUGGGAACAUUUUGGACCCGGAUGAAACCAGCACCAUUGCCCUCUUCAAGGCCCAUGAAGUAGCCUCCAAAAGGAUUGAGGAAAAGAUUCAAGAAGAAAAGUCAAUGUUGCAAAACCUGGACUUUCGGGGCCAGUCCAUCUUCAGCACUGUCCACACCUACGGCCUCUACGUGAACUUCAAGAACUUCGUCUGCAAUAUCGGGGAGGAUGCGGAGUUGUUUAUGGCCCUCUACGACCCAGACCAGUCCACUUUUAUCAGGGAGGACUACUGUAUGAGUGGUUCCACGGCUUAUGAUCUCAGCAGCACGGACCUCAUCCGGCCCCGCAUCAGCCUGGUGUGCCAGAUCAUCCGCGUGGGCCACAUGGAGCUAAAGGAAGGCAAGAAGCACACCUGUGGGCUCCGAAGACCUUUUGGAGUAGCAGUGAUGGAUAUUACCGAUAUCAUACAUGGGAAGGUAGAUGAUGAAGAAAAGCAGCAUUUUAUUCCCUUUCAGCAGAUCGCAAUGGAAACCUACAUCCGCCAGAGACAGCUCAUCAUGUCGCCCUUGAUAACAUCGCAUGUGAUCGCGGAGAAUGAGCCACUCACUUCAGUCUUAAACAAAGUGAUAGCGGCAAAGGAAGUGAAUCACAAAGGACAAGGUCUUUGGGUGUCCUUGAAGCUUUUGCCAGGUGACCUCACGCAGGUUCAGAAGAAUUUUUCGCACUUGGUUGAUAGAUCCACAGCAAUAGCCCGGAAAAUGGGCUUUCCUGAAAUAAUACUGCCAGCAAUUCAUCCUGGUGCGGGAUAUGAAGGCAUUUCAGAAUACAAAUCAGUCGUCUAUUACCAAGUCAAGCAGCCCUGUUGGUAUGAGACUGUCAAGGUAUCCAUUGCUAUAGAAGAGGUCACACACUGUCAUAUACGAUUUACUUUCCGACACAGGUCAUCUCAGGAAUCCAGAGACAAAUCGGAACGAGCCUUCGGGGUGGCCUUCGUGAAGCUGAUGAACCCGGACGGCACCACUCUGCAGGACGGGAGGCACGAUCUGGUGGUUUAUAAGGGUGACAACAAGAAAAUGGAAGAUGCUAAAUUCUACCUGACCCUGCCUGGGACCAAGAUGGAGAUGGAAGAAAAAGAGCUCCAAGCAUCCAGAACCCCAGCCGCCUUUACCCCAAGCAAGGAUAGCACCAAAGACAGCUUUCAGAUUGCCACCCUCAUUUGCUCCACAAAGCUCACCCAGAACGUGGACCUGUUAGGCUUGCUAAAUUGGCGUUCCAGCUCCCAGAACAUUAAACACAACCUAAAGAAGUUAAUGGAGGUGGAUGGAGGAGAGAUUGUUAAGUUUCUGCAAGAUACACUAGAUGCACUUUUUAACAUAAUGAUGGAACUGUCAGACAAUGAAACGUAUGAUUUCCUUGUGUUUGAUGCACUGGUAUUUAUUAUUUCACUGAUAGGAGACAUCAAGUUCCAGCAUUUUAAUCCUGUACUUGAAACCUACAUUUACAAGCACUUCAGUGCCACCCUGGCGUACGUGAAACUCUCCAAGGUACUGAACUUUUACAUGGCGAACGCAGACGACUCCAGCAAGACAGAGUUGCUUUUUGCGGCUUUGAAAGCCUUGAAGUAUUUGUUCAGAUUCAUCAUCCAAUCUCGGGUGCUCUACUUGAGAUUUUACGGCCAGAGCGAAGAUGGAGAUGAAUUUAACAAUUCAAUCCGCCAGUUGUUUCUUGCUUUCAACAUGCUGAUGGACAGGCCUCUGGAGGAAGCCGUCAAGAUCAAGGGGGCGGCUUUGAAGUACCUUCCUAGCAUAAUUAAUGACGUCAAACUUGUGUUUGAUCCUAUUGAGCUCAGCGUGCUCUUCUGCAAGUUCAUUCAAAGCAUUCCUGACAACCAGUUGGUUCGGCAGAAACUGAACUGCAUGACCAAGAUAGUAGAGAGCAGUCUCUUCCGGCAGUCGGAGUGCAGAGACGUGCUGCUGCCGCUGCUGACAGACCAGCUCAGCGGCCAGUUAGACGACAACUCCAGCAAGCCUGACCACGAGGCCAGCUCGCAGCUGCUCAGCAGCAUCCUGGAGGUGCUGGACAGGAAGGAUGUGGGCCCCACGGCGAUGCACAUCCAGCUGAUAAUGGAACGGCUGCUGAGAAGGAUCAACCGCACGGUGAUCGGGAUGAACCGGCAGUCUCCCCACAUCGGGAGUUUUGUGGCUUGCAUGAUUGCCAUCCUACGGCAAAUGGAGGACAGCCACUAUGGCCACUACAUCAGCACUUUUAAAACCAGACAGGACAUCAUUGACUUCCUCAUGGAAACUUUUAUCAUGUUUAAGGAUCUGAUUGGAAAAAAUGUCUAUGCCAAAGAUUGGAUGGUCAUGAACAUGACACAGAGCAGGGUUUUUCUCCGUGCUAUAAAUCAGUUUGCCGAAGUUCUCAUGAGAUUCUUCAUGGAUCAGGCAAGGUUUGAACUUCAGCUCUGGAACAAUUACUUCCAUUUGGCAGUAGCAUUUCUCACCCAUGAAUCUCUUCAGCUUGAAACCUUCUCACAAGCCAAGCGCAGCAAAAUUAUAAAAAAAUACGGGGACAUGAGAAAGGAACUCGGCUUUAGAAUCCGGGACAUGUGGUAUAACCUGGGUCCUCACAAAAUCAAAUUCAUCCCAUCCAUGGUGGGUCCCAUUCUGGAGGUCACUCUGACCCCCGAAGUAGAGCUCCAGAAAGCCACAAUCCCCAUUUUCUUUGAUAUGAUGCAGUGUGAGUUCAAUUUCAGUGGCAAUGGAAAUUUCCAUAUGUUUGAGAACGAGCUGAUCACAAAGCUGGACCAGGAGGUAGAAGGAGGCAGAGGAGAUGAACAGUACAAGGUUCUUCUGGAAAAACUGCUCCUAGAACACUGCCGGAAACAUAAGUACCUCUCCGGCUCCGGGGAGGUAUUCGCGCUCCUGGUCAGCAGCCUCUUGGAGAACCUGUUGGACUACAGAACCAUCGUCAUGCAUGACGAGAGCAAGGAGAACCGCAUGAGCUGUACGGUUAACGUGCUGAAUUUCUAUAAAGAAAAGAAGAGAGAGGACAUAUACAUAAGAUACUUGUACAAGCUCCGCGAUUUGCACUGCGACUGUGAGAACUACACGGAAGCCGCCUGCACGCUUCUCCUGCACGCGGAGCUUCUGCAGUGGUCUGACAAGCCCUGUGUGCCACAUUUGCUUCAGAGGGACAGUUACUAUGUCUAUACCCAGCAAGAGCUUAAAGAGAAGCUGUAUCAAGAAAUUAUCUCAUAUUUUGACAAAGGCAAAAUGUGGGAGAAGGCAAUCAAACUGAGCAAAGAGUUGGCCGAGACGUACGAGAGCAAAGUGUUUGACUACGAGGGUCUUGGCAAUCUCCUGAAAAAAAGAGCCUCGUUUUAUGAGAACAUCAUUAAGGCAAUGAGGCCUCAGCCUGAAUACUUUGCUGUUGGAUACUACGGCCAGGGCUUUCCCUCUUUCCUACGGAAUAAAAUCUUUAUCUACCGGGGGAAGGAGUAUGAGAGGCGAGAGGACUUCAGCCUGAGGCUGCUGACGCAGUUCCCCAACGCGGAGAAGAUGACCAGUACCACGCCCCCCGGAGAAGACAUCAAGUCGUCCCCGAAGCAGUACAUGCAGUGCUUCACCGUGAAGCCCGUGAUGAACCUGCCGCCCAGCUACAAGGAUAAACCGGUUCCAGAGCAGAUCCUAAACUACUACAGAGCCAAUGAAGUGCAGCAGUUCAGAUAUUCCCGGCCGUUCCGGAAAGGAGAAAAGGACCCGGACAACGAAUUUGCUACCAUGUGGAUUGAACGGACCACGUAUACAACUGCCUAUACCUUUCCCGGGAUUCUCAAGUGGUUUGAAGUCAAACAGAUUUCCACAGAGGAGGUCAGCCCUCUGGAGAACGCCAUCGAGACCAUGGAGCUCACCAACGAGAGGAUCAGCAACUGCGUGCAGCAGCACGCCUGGGACCGGUCGCUGUCCGUGCACCCGCUGUCCAUGCUGCUCAGCGGCAUCGUGGACCCUGCCGUCAUGGGGGGGUUCUCCAACUACGAAAAGGCUUUCUUUACAGAGAAGUACUUGCAGGAGCAUCCUGAAGACCAGGAGAAGGUCGAGCUGCUGAAGCGACUGAUAGCGUUACAGAUGCCGCUGCUGACAGAAGGGAUCCGCAUCCACGGGGAGAAGCUGACGGAGCAGCUCAAGCCGCUGCACGACCGGUUGUCUUCCUGCUUCCGGGAACUCAAGGACAAAGUCGAAAAGCUCUAUGGGGUUAUAACACUGAUAGAUGGACUGGUGACUGCUGCUGUCCCACCCCCGCCGCCCCCCAAAAGCAAGCCCUAUGAGAGCAGCCAGAGGAACUCCACCGAGAUUGCUCCUCCGCUGCCUGUCCGAAGAGAAGCCAAAGUCCCGCCUCCCCCACCUCCAAAAGCUCGGAAGUCAAUCCUGGAGCCACUUUUGGAGCGCAGGGCCUCGUCAGGUGCCAGAGUUGAAGACCUGCCCCUCAGAGAGGACGGCGAGAACCGGAUCAGCAAGUUUAAAAGGAAAGACUGGAAUCUGAGCAAGUCCCAGGUCAUUGCAGAGAAGGAUCCAGAACCUGACCUGAUGAGCACGGCCAGGAAAGCACAAAGGCCAAAGAGUCUCCAGCUGGUGGACAAUCGGCUGACGCCAUUUCACAGUUCUUCGCCUCCCCAGUCGACGCCGCCGUUGAGCCCGCCUCCACUCACCCCUAAAGCUACCAGGACCCUAAGCUCCCCGUCUUUGCAGAUAGAUGGACUGGUGACUGCUGCUGUCCCACCCCCGCCGCCCCCCAAAAGCAAGCCCUAUGAGAGCAGCCAGAGGAACUCCACCGAGAGCCAGUUGUGGAUCACAUCACUGCCUAAUUUUACUAAAGAAGAAGUGAAGAAGUUCUUUGAUUCAGUUUUAGAGAUUCUUCAAAUGGAGGUAUCUGGGAAAGCUAGCGUUGUGCACUAG